AUGCUGCGAGCAGACGAGGCUCACGAUGCUGACAACACUCUAGGAUCAGCAGGAACCGGGAAAUCCUGUCUCCUCUACCAUUGCAUAAACGAGUCUUUCAAGGAGCAUUCCACGCAUACCAUCGGCGUUGAAUUCUCUAGUCGCACUGUGCGCAUAGGCGACCGAAACAUCAAGCUUCAAUUGUGGGACACUGCCGGGCAAGAACGGUUCAGAUCUGUCACGCGAUCGUAUUACAGAGGCUCAGCCGGAGCCUUGCUCGUGUACGACAUCACUUCUCGACAAUCAUUUGCGAACUUGGACAAGUGGCUGUCAGAUUGUCGUGCGCUGGCGUCUCCGCAUCUCGUAGUCGCCUUGGUUGGCAAUAAGUUAGACCGGGAGCAAGACAGAGAAGUGGAGUACUCAGAGGGAUCCCGCUGGGCACAAGAGAAUGGCAAUCUCCUCACAGGAACCCUCUUUGCCGAAGUGUCUUCGUUGACAGGCGAGAAUCUCAUGACGCCUUUCCUGCUACUCUCACGGAAUAUCCUAUCAGCAGUGGACGCUGGCACACUUGACCCGGAAACGGCUGGAACGGGUGUCACAUACGGAGAAAGACAGUUGCGGACAGUUGGAAGUGUUUCCCGACUCAGCGCUACAUUAGGUCGACGGAAAGCCCGUCGGAAGAGCAUCAGCCUCGAGACUAUGGUUGGAUCAUCGAGAGAUUGCAAGUGCUGA